AAUUAAAAUUUGGGCUAAAAACAAGGAAACAGACUGGUUAGGUUGGAAGGGUGUGGGUAAAUUAACAAUGAAAUUUGAAUGGCUGCUCAUUAACUGAACCGUUUUGCUAUGCUUGAUAUUAGAGCGGAUGGUGUCGCUGUUUAAUACUUGGAGAUUGGAGAAAGACAAAUGGAUCUGCGCAGUAGAUCAAAUUUAGAAUUGCAAGUAGAUUCAGAGAUUCACUUUUUUAAAAUGAGAAAAACAAUUACUUUUUGCGUUUUAAUAGUAACACAAGUAUGAACUCUGCUUUAUGAAUUUGUACACUCAUUUUAAUGUUUUUUUUAUUUUUUUUUAUUACAUUUGCAUUUUAAAUCUAAUUUAUAUCUGGUAUAAAAUGGUUUCUUCACCCAAACAUUAGUUUUUCCUCUCUCACUCUUUAGUUAGUUUCCUAAUAUUUUCAGCAUAUCAUUGAACAACAUACAUUUAAACAUGUUUUUCACCAAUAUAUUCAACUCUGAAUUUAUGUCAUAUCUUUUAUUAUUUGUAUAUACUGUCAUAUGUAAAUUUCUAUGUACCUUUGCGAUUUUAGACAGUGGCGUGUAAAAAGGACUUUUAUUUUGGUUUUUGUGGUGUACUGUCAUAAAGCUGCGACGCUCUCUUCCAUCUGUUGUGAUCUGACUGCAGACAGGACUGAGAUCCACGUGACACACUAUUAUAAAGAUGGCGUUUAUUAAAGAGGAGACUGAAGACAUAAAGGUGGUGUUUAUUAAAGAGGAGAGUGAAGAAAUGAAGAUUGAAGAAACAUUCAGAGUGAAACAAGAAGAUACUGAGGAACAAACAGACCUGAUGGCAUUGAAAGAGGAGAGUGAAGAACUCAAUGAAAUUGAAGAGAAAGAUCAAUAUGAGAAUCUUAAUGAUUUCAUAAAUGAAGAAACAUUCAGAGUGAAACAAGAAGAUACUGAGGAACAAACAGACAUGAUGCCACUGAAAGAGGAGAGUCAAGAACCGAAUGAAACAGAGAAAGAUCAGUAUGAUUUCAUAAUUAGAAAAAAAUCUUUUAGUUGCUCCGAGAAUGAAAAGACUUCUGCACAAAAAAGAGCUCAAAAGACAGGAACCAGAAGUUAUUUCACCUGCCAACAGUGUGGAAAGAGUUUCACUCAACAUGGAAGUCUUAAUGUCCACAUGAGAAUUCACACCGAAGAGAAGCGUUUCGCCUGCAAACAGUGUGGAAAGAGAUUUCAUCAAAAAGGAAACCUUAAAGUCCACAUGAGAAUUCACACUGGAGAGAGCUUUUUCACUUGCCAACAGUGUGGAAAGAGUUUCAACAGAAAAGAAAACCUAAAAGUCCACAUGAGAAUUCACACUGGAGAAAAGCCUUUCACAUGCAAACAGUGUGGAAAGAGUUUCAGUCGAAAAGAAAGCCUUGAAAGCCACAUGAUAAUUCACACUGGAAUGAUGCCUUACGCAUGCUCUCAGUGUGGAAAGAGUUUCACGCACAAACAAACUCUUAUUGCCCACAUUAGAAUUCACACUGGAGAGAACCCUUACAUAUGCUCUCAGUGCGGAAAGAGUUUCGAUCACUUUGGAAACCUUAAAGUCCACAUGAUAAUUCACACUGGAGAAAACCCUUUCACCUGCCAACAGUGUGGAAAGAGUUUCAAUCGAAAAGGAAAUCUUCAAGUCCACAUGAGAAUUCACACUGGAGAGAGCCCUUUCACCUGCAAACAGUGUGGAAAGAGUUUCACUCAAAAUGGAAGCCUUAACAUUCACAUGAGACUUCAUACUGGAGAGAAACCAUUCACGUGUCUUCAAUGUGAAAAGAGUUUCACAUAUCAAAGAGACCUGAAACUGCAUUUGAAAACUAUGGCUUUUAUUAAGGAGAAGAAUGAAGACAUGAGGAUUGAAGAAACAUUCAGUGUGAAACAAGAAGAAACUGAGGAACAAACAGACCUGAUGGUGCUGGAAGAGGAGAGUCAAGAUCUGAAUGACAUGAAAGAGAAAGAUCUGAAUGAGAAACAUGAUUUCAUAACUGAAGAAAAAUCUUUUAAUUUCUCACAAACUGAAAAGACUUCCACACAAAAAGCUCAAAAUACAGAAACUAGCAGUGAUUUCAUCUGCAAACAGUGUGGAAAGAGUUUCUGUCAGCAUAAAAACCUUGAAGUCCACAUGGGAGUUCACACAGGAAAGAAGCCUUACACCUGCCAACAGUGUGGAAAAAGUUUCAACCAAAAAGGACACCUUACAGACCACAUGAGAAUUCACACAGGAGAGAAGCCUUUUACCUGCCAACAAUGUGGAAAAAGUUUUAAACGUAAAGACCACCUUAAAGGCCACAUGAAUGUUCAUACUGGAGAGAGCCAUUUUACCUGCAAACAAUGUGGAAAAAGUUUCAAACGAAAAGGACACCUUAAAGUCCACAUGAGCGUUCACACUGGAGAGAAGCCUAACACCUGUCCUCAGUGUGGAAAAACUUUCAAACGAAAAGGACACCUUAAAGACCAUAUGAGAAUUCACACAGGAGAGCUCCCUUUCACCUGCCAACAAUGUGGAAAAAGUUUCAAAAUAAAAGGAACCCUUAAAGACCACAUGAGAAUUCACACAGGAGAGAAACGCUACACGUGCCCUCAGUGUGGAAAGAGUUUUGGUCACAAAGGACAAUUUAAAGCCCACAUAAGAAUUCACACAGGAGAGAAACCCUACAUAUGCCCUCAAUGUGGAAAGAGUUUCAACCAACCAGGAACCCUUAACAUGCACAUGAGAAUUCACACUGGAGAUAAUCCGUUCAUAUGUGAUCAAUGUGGAAAGAGUUUUAGAUAUAAAGGAACCUUUAAGUACCACAUGAGUCUUCACUAAUGAGAGAACGGUUUUAUAUGUCAUCAUUGUGGAAUGAGUUACAGAAAAACCUUGGGUUCAUGUAAUAACUUAAACCGGAGAGAAGCCUUUUCAUGUGCCAUCAAUGGAAAGAUUUACAGAAACAAAGCAAACCUUGAUGUUCACAUAAGAGUUUUUGUUAUAGAGAGGUCUUGUACCAGCCCUGAUAUACUCACUGCAAAGUUCUUUUCCAGUCUUCGCUUAGUAGCAGCGGACUUAAUUGAACAUCCCGAGUGUUGCAUUUAAAUGAAUAUGUAAAUAUGUGUUGUGCUUUUUCCUUUCGGUAACAAAAUAAAUGCGGUGGGAAAAGUGCAGUUGUGAAAGCUUCAGAUCAUAGUGAUGUGGAUGUUUGCACCAGAUCUGCAGCUCAGCUCCCCAGUCACGUCACAUACACAAUUAUACAGAUUGCUUUAAAUCAAGCAGCUUUAUAGUAUUAAACAUUAAAAAAAACAGAGAUAGUGUCACUUAUAAUAAAAUUAUAACUUCAAUUUCUACUAUAGAGCAGCCCUCAUUAAAGAAGAUGGAGCCCCAGAGCACACCUACCUAUUACAUAAUCACCAUAGACCAAUAGUAGUUCGACCUGCCAACAUUUAGGGUGCGUUCACACUUGUCAUAUUUGGUUCAAUUAAAACGAAACCUGGUGCGAUUGCUCUGUUAGUGCGGUUCAUUUGAGCAUAUGUGAACGCUGCCAUCCGAACCCUGGCACGCACCAAACAAGCGGACCGAGACCGCUGAAAAGAUGGGUCUCGGUCCACUUCCAAACGAACUCUGGUGCGGUUGAAUGAUAUAUGAACGCAAAACGGGCCAAAGACAUUUAAAUGAUAUAAAAACAGGAAGAUGAGACCCUAAAAAGGACAGAAUCCUCACGCAUAUCGGUUUUCUCUCGUUAUAGUCAUGAGUUUGCCCGUCACAGGCAGCAGAUCGUUUGUGUGUGUGACGAAUGGAUUCCCGCCACUGUUUUGACUCCUUUACACAUUUUAUAAGCUCUUCACGAGUUCCCAGCUGGCCAAAAAUACCAUCGUAUGCAGACUACGCACACACAACGAGCGCAUUUACCUCAGCACACAGCAUUGUUUUGGAUGUUCGGUAAGUUCCGUCUCAAAUUAGGCAAUACGUCAUAAAAUACGACCAAUCAGGUUGUGAACGUAUCCCUAUGCCUUUAGGUUCGGUAUCUUUUGGUUCGGUGAUAAAAAUGCCAAUCUGAACGCUAAUUGGACCAGGACUAAAUGUUUUUUUUUUCUUUUUUGGUCCGGACCAAAUGAACCAAACGAACCGAACUACAAGUGUGAACGCACCGGUUCACUUCCGCGAUUUGGUACAUUUGCGUUCAUAUCAGAUGCGAACCGUACCCCAGACCACCCUUUUUAAGCGGACUCGGGUACGGUUUGUGGGUGCACACCCGAGUUUAGAAGACAGUGUUCACAUCAUCCAAAUGUAAUUGAACCUGGGUGCGCACCAAAAGUGCUAAUGUUAAAGCACCCUAAAUGGCAUAUAAAUCAAAACUAACGUUACUGAAUGAAACCCAGGAAGAGCUAUAGGACUGUGAAGCUUUAGGGGUCUUGAUGGACCUGCUGAUACCGAUUUUUGCCGAUUUAGAUUUUCUUUCUAAGCACUAUAAUUGACAGUACAUACAAACAAAAAUCUACUUUUCUUCAAUGAAAAUUUUUUUUUUCAUAAACAAGUCAGUAAUAAAAUAAGAACAAACAAAUUGCAAACAACAGCACAAAUAAAUGCAAUAGUAUAAAGAGAGAUAUGCUAUAGUGUUCAGGUAAGAAAUACUAUAGAAAUGGAAGUAAUCAAAUGUAAAAUAACACUGGAUAGUCUUCCUUGUAAAAAUUAAAUACAGAUUAAUGCUUACAAUUUACAAAAGUUAUUCAGUCAAGAGCAGAGAAAGCACAUAUCAACAUUCUCCUCUAAAAGUGAUCGGGCAGACCAAACCGUAAGUCAUAGAGAUCUGAAACUUUAAGGGCUGGUAAUACUCAUACCGCCUACAAUGUCACCAAGGCUCGUCCCGAUCGGCCUGACGGGGGUGCUACAGCAGUGAAAAGUAUGAAAUCCCUAAUAACUCUUAAACCGUUAGGCGUAGGCUCAAGUGUGUUAUAUCAUUGGAAUCCUUGGCUCAAGAUGGACAAAUUUUCCAUAUUUUGUCCUCAUAUUUGAUCUUGUGCUGGUGAAAUUUUCGGGUAUUUUUUUGAAAAAACUACUUCAUGAACUAAUCCUAGGUUUUUGGCCCCAUCGGAACCAAACAAGUGCAACAAGAUUCUCGGGGGCCAGUUGUUCAAAAGUAAUCUGAUGGGAUUUCAGCUAUCGGAUUGGAUCAAAUCUUGAAAAUGGGUUCUUGAAAAGGAAAAAAGCAUUCUGAAAUCAGAUUAGAUCACAAAAUCCAAUCUUGGUUUUGAUCUGGAUAAAAUCAUCAGUUUGUGUUGUUCAAAACUUUUUAGUAAGAUUGGGAUACAUUUGAUCCAGAAAAUCUGGAUUAUACUGAUCCCAUCAGAAGGGUGGAUAUCAGGAACAAAAAUGUAAUAAAACUGGUCAAAAAUACAACAUUUUUAUCAUGUAAUUGGUAUACAUGUAAUCAAUAUACAUACACACUUUUUUUUAAUUUUUUUAUUUUGCUCUUGAUUAGUUUAACUGUUAAAAUACUAAAUCAGAAAUAGGCAUUAGGCUACAUAUUUAGCCUUUUAGUAACCUGCUGUAAAGUAAAAAGAGAUUUUGGGGCCAUAAAAUAAUCCCCAAACAGCUGUAAUUAUCAAACAAAUUUUUUUUAAUUUUUUUUUAUCACUGUUUGUAAACUACAUUGGCACAAUCAUUAGCGAUGGACCAGUCAAAAGUUCAUUGCGAGUAAACGCUACGCUGAACUUUUGAGAGAAUUUAAACAACUCCUAGUUGUUAAUAUAAUACUACAGUAUCUCGAAGGUAAUUCCCUGAAUUCCUGAAUACUUACAAUACAGUCCAAUACUUCCCUGAAGUAUGGUGACGGCGCCCCGUCAAGAAGCUACUAUCACUACCUCAAUCACACUUUAGCUGUUAAUUUUGUUGUCUUUGAGAACAUGGGCAGUGAUGAAAUAAAAGAAAUGCUUACAUCCUUUA